AUGCCAAAUCAGUUUGUACCACCUUCAACUCCACCGAGGGUGUCAAAACCACAUAAGCCAAUGGUGAUGAGAACUCCAUCUACGUUUCAGCCAGUAACACCAGUAAAGAUUACAGAAAGUUUUGCUACACCAUACACAGGGGGUAAAAAUACACGUAAUUUGUUUAAAGGAAGCGCAGACAAUAAGAAUAAAACGCACUUAGUACCAUUAACUCCCGAGUUCACACCUCAGAGAUCACCACACAGAUUGCAUAAGAGAAGAAGAAGUACGGUUGAUGCUAUCUUCAAACAAGCUACUGUGGAAAGUAAUGCAGGUACACAGACACCAAUGACGGAUUUGUCGGGAUUAUUAAUGCCUACACCAUCUACAGUUGGGACGGGAAGGAAAGUAGCAUACAACCACACUAAAUCAUUGAAGCCACCGGUAUUGAGUUUUGAAACCUUGUCCAAAUUGAACGACAACUUGAAUUUUGAAGAAGAGGUGGAUGAUGACGAUGUAUUUAAAGCUUCCACGCCGCAGCUCGAAUCGGGGUUUAUACAAAAUACAAAUUUGAAGUUAUCGAUGAAUGAAUUGUCACCAGUAGACGCGUCUCCUAUAAAGAAAAAGCCUAGUGUACGAAAGGGACUCCAGACGCCGAAGGGCCAGGUGAUAGAUGACAAAACCGUCAAUCGCUGGUAUGGUAAUUCUUUCAAUAGUAUUUUUUCGUCUGAUGACGAAGAUUACGAAGAAAUCAAGCCCAUGAAGAUGGAAAAUCCAUUCUUGGCACCUUCUGCUCCUGCUAAAAAACUUGAUAGGCCUUCUAAUCCGUUCAAUAACGUACAAAAUGAUGAUGUUGAUUAUGCUACCCAGGUUGAAUAUUUUAAUACCAAAACGAGGGAAAGAAAGGUAGUCAACUUACUGAACCGUCAAAGAGAAAUCAAACCGAAAAGGUUGGACUUCUCUAGUGCGACUGGGAGUAAUUGA